CAUUGUUUGAACAUAACAUAAUUAACUCCACCCUCAUAUGACAUUAUGAUGAAUCCUCCAACUUCACAAUCACAUUAUGUACAACAACCGUACAAUCAGCCCCCCCCAGCCACCGGUUUUCCGGUGAACCAUCAUGGCUAUAACAACCACCACCUUAAAGCCCACCAAGAUUGGUCCACCGGUCUCUUUGAUUGCUUCUCCGACAUCCAAAGCUGUUGCAUAACAUGUUGGUGUCCAUGCAUCACCUUUGGGCGAAUUGCUGAGAUUGUUGACAAGGGAACAACUUCAUGUGGUGUAAGCGGGGGCCUAUACACAUUGAUAUGUUGUUUCACAGGAUGUGGUUGUUUAUACUCAUGCAUAUACCGUUCUAAGAUGAGACACGAAUACAUGUUGAAGGACACUCCUUGUUGUGAUUGCUUAGUUCAUUAUUGCUGUGAAUCAUGCGCAUUAUGUCAAGAAUAUCGCGAGCUUCAAAACCGUGGAUUUAACAUGCCCAUUGGGUGGCAUGGAAAUGUUGCGCAAGGGAGCCGGGGAAUAGCCAUGACACCGACAGCUCCGGCAGUUGAACACAUGAUUCGUUGAAUUCAACUUCCAUAUGUACCCAUUAAUAUUAUAUGUCUCAUAACCUUAAUUUUUUUUUUCUUUUUUUCAUUCGAAAUCAUUGUGAUUAUUUGAAUAAAUGUUUUUAGCUUUGUGCUGGUUAUGGAAUUAAUAAUUUUUUGUAUGAUCUAUUCGACUGGACUGAACUACUUCAGUUGAUAUUUUAAGACUUUGAAAAUAUUUAGAUAUUACUAUUUA